GUUGGAAUGUGUCCUGUCCAAUGAGAACAGAAGUGAUAUUUUUGAUUCUCAACGGGUUGGCUACAUUGCAAGUCUGCUACGGGCCACUGACAAGGACAAUCUGAACCUCACUGCCAAUGAUCUCUGGGGUCACGAACAUGUUUCUGCUUUGAAGCAUAAAGUACAGAAUCUGCCACCUGGCUCUGUGGAGCAAAGAAGUACCCAAGAGACACCAGCAGUGUCAAUUAGUCCCAUUCCACCGAUGUCAGGCCUAUUGAUGCUAAGUUAAGCAACUAAUUUGCAAGGAAGAUCCCAUUUAGUCUGAAAGCAGCCCAGAGAUAACCAGUCAGACAGCUCAACUGAAUUGUCCAACUAUCCACCUUGAGUGCACCGGGCCAAAUACAGACGUCUCCUGAAUGUCACUCCAUAUGGAGACUCUGCCAGACUCUAGUGUUAUAAGUGGAGAAACUUCACCUCUUAAAGACAGCUGUCAUUCAUCUACACCAUCACAGCACAGUGGUAUCAGUGGGGAGCCCAGAGCCAAGCGGUGGUCCUCUAACCCAAGAACCAUGCUCACCCCUAUUUUAAAACCCAUCCAACUGGGAUUCAAUGGGCAGAAGUCCCGUUCCCCAAUUUUGAGUCCCAUGCAUGCUUCAAAGAUUUUCAGGAUUCAAGAUGAAACUUUACCGAACUGCACCGGAGAAAGUUUUUUUGAGGACACUAUAGACUCCUGCUUUUUGCCUAUGGUGGAGCCCACCAUUCGCAGCUCUACAAUGGAUUUGUCACACACACCUCCGGAGACUUGCAUUUCUAUGAAAGAGAGUUUCACUAAACCAGAGGAUGCAAAUAAAGAUUUGCAAAGGUGCUCUAAUUUUUGUCUCAGUUUGCAGGGAAGUCCUACACCAACAGUUCUCAGGGAGACUAUAUCAAUCAAUAGCUGUUCCAGAGCUUCCCUGGAGGGCACACAUGACAUAUCUGCAUUCGAGGGCAGCAAAGAAAGUCUGCAUUCCUUAGAACAUGAGGUACAGAACCUGACCACCAAUGUUGCUGUGUCUGCUGUGGUCCAAAAAUCAAGUGUUGCCUCUUUCUGUCUCUCAAAUGCUAAUGUCACACACAUAAUUUGCCCUGAUAGUGAGAUGUCUGCGUCCUAUACGGUGCCAUUGUCCUCGUCAACAUCUGGUUCCUUGUGUGAUGACAAGAGGGUGAACAAUGGCACCUUUGAGCUUAUGGUUGAACCAACACUGGAGCCCAAAACUGAGACCAAUGAGCCCAAUGUCAUGAAUACUGCGCUGGAGUCUGUGGAGAUUAGUAGGCCAAUGAAAGACACCUUUGAAGCUUGCCCUCCUAUGAAGUUCAAUGCAACCACUGAGCAAGAGACUUAUGAUGGUACCAAACAACCUCUAAACAAUACUUUUCAAACUAACCCUCAUUUAAAUGCAACCACUGAGCCAGUGACCAUUGUUGGCAAUGCACGCCCCUCUUUUCAAACUGACCACGAACCAACAAAAGGUUCUGAAGUCGAUGUCCGUGACCAUACGGUACAGUCCCAACCAGGCCCGUCCGGGAGAGAUGGUGACCCCUUCACCUUGGAUGAUACCCUGGAGUUGGGUCCCAACUUUCUGCUCACAUCCACGCCCAUGGUUACAUCUAAGGCUUUAAGGAAACCGGAGAGACCCUCAGAUGUGUGGAAAAGGUUAUCUUCGGGCUUCCUGCCAAAACCAGCCAAACCACCUGCUGUCUCUAAACUCGCCACUUAUAGGAAGACGUUCCUUCAGCCCCCGAGUGUCACCUCCAAUCCCAAAUCACUGCUACCCCCACUGAGAUCUGUGUCCCAGCUUCCAUCACUGACUUGCCCACCAAAGACCAAGACAGCCCCUGUGGCUUCAGCCCCCUCGGAGCCAUCCUCCUCUGCCAUACCCAGCACAAGAUGCAAAACACGAGCAGAUGCCUCGGGACAUGCUGCGGUCACUGUUUCUCAGCAGGCCUCGACAGAAAGUACUUCCAGUAGUAGGCGUAGCACAAUUGCAGAAUCCAAGCUGACGAGCACUGGCCUGAGGAAACCUCAAUCCUAUGGCACUCAGAGAUCCGUAGCUAGCCUCAGGCAUCCUGCAGUAAGAGCUAUGGCAACCCACUCCACUGAAAAACCCAGCCUCUCUUCAGGUUUAAAUGGAAGGAGUCUACAAGCACCCAACCAAGGCCAGAAGCACUUGCCAACCAGCAGUGAUGCUUUUCCUGUAGCAAAGAGGAAAAAAAUAGAUGGCCCAGAUCUUUCAACUAGCAGUAAAGCUCGAGCAUGCUCUGCAGAGCCAGCCAGCGGUGCUAGGUGCUUGAAGAAGCCUGCAACCAACUUGAAGACUGUACCGGCGAAGAAGCCUGCAACCAACUUGAAGACUGUACCGGCGAAGAAGCCUGCAACCAACUUGAAGACUGUACCGGCAAAGAAACUGAUCCCUGAGUGUUCAAACUAUGUCCUACUUCAGCAAGAACUGGAGACGUGUCGUCAAGAAAAUGAGAGACUACAAGCAGAGUGUUCAAACUAUGUCCUACUUCAGCAAGAACUGGAGACGUGUCGUCAAGAAAAUGAGAGACUGCAAGCAGAGCUACGUAAUCGUGACGGGAUGGAUUUGUAAAGGAAGACACAAAAAUGGAAUGGAUUGCACAGAUACAUGGAAUAAGUAACAGAUUCAAAUGAAAUUGUUUUUUUUAAAGAUUUAAUAAAGAUUUGAUAUGCCUAUUGUUUUUUUUGGUUUAGAAGAGGACUGAGUAUACCAAACAUUAGGAACACUGUCCUAAUAUAGAGUCCCCCCCCUGUUAUGAAUGUUUUGUAUAAUGACUAAAUGAUGUAUACAUUUAAAAGUAAUGAUAGGACUGUAACUAACAGAAUUCUACCCUGUCUGAUGAAGAAUGUUUAUACAUAGGCGAAGAGGAAGUGUUAACAGACAACUUGUGACCACUGUGAAACUAACAGGAAAGAUGUCUCGUCCCCACUCAGGGAGGGGAGAAACCGUUGGGCUUGCAGUAGAUUGCUUAUCAUAUGCUACAACAUGUUACACAAUGUAGGCAUAAGAGAAGACUUGUAAAACAGCAUUGUCAUUGUCUGAGAGGGACAUUUAUGACGAAACGAGAGGUGUAUAUAAACCAAUGUACAUGAAAUGAUGGGCAGAGCUCUCGAGAAUAAACGCUAUUGGCAAAGUAGA